AUGGCUACUAUGCCAAUUAAUCCUAAACCAUUCUUGAACAGUUUAACCGGUAAACCGGUCAUGGUUAAGUUGAAGUGGGGGCAAGAAUAUAAAGGGUAUUUAGUGUCUGUAGAUGGAUAUAUGAAUUUACAGUUAGCUAACACAGAAGAAUACAUAAGUGGUCAACCUACAGGUAGUUUAGGAGAAGUUUUGGUCAGAUGCAACAAUGUACUGUACAUAAGAGGCGUUGAAGAAGAAGAUGAGGAAGGCGAAAUGAAAGAUUAA